GAAGGCCGCACAUUCGCCGGACCAGAGCGAUGGGUGAAAACGCCCUACCAGGGCCCCUUAGACUCGAGUGGGACGGAGAGGCCUCGCGCGAGCCUUUCCACCUGUUUGGGAUCGUGGAGGAGGACGGGCUGGAGGGGAGGGUUCGCCGACCGCGUCGCCCUCCUGGGUGUAGCAGCUCUUUCCUGAGCAGUCCCGGGGCGUGAGAGCGCGACCGGCCAGGAACUGGGGGGCCCCCGAGACACGGCCGCACGUGGCCUCGCAGGGUUCUGGGAACCCGAAUUAGCCGAGCGUGCGCGUGGGUGUCGGGGCGUGGAGGUCUUCAGCCCUGCAGUCCCUCCGCCUGCCAUAAAUUUUCGCUCUGUCCCUGUCCCCCAGUGUGACCUUGGGCGUGUAGUGCAGCUCCCAGUGCCUCAGUUUCCUGCUCUGGGGAGUGAGGGUGCGGCAUCCCUCCGGACCCUAGGAAAGGCUUAGGAAACUAAGCCUUUUUUACUCCGGUUUUACGGGAAAGGAAACAAGUUUUUGUAACUUGCCCAAGGUCACCUAGUCAGCAAGUGGUAGGGUCCAGGCCUGGCCAACACACCCCCCACCCCCGCUACCAGCACAUUCUAGAAGGUUCUGCCUCAGCUUAAAUGGGGUGCAUGCUGUGAGGGCUGUCCCAGGUUUUUCCAGCCCAGCUUAUCUUUCCCUCCUCUGGGAGUCCCCUCACCCAUGUCUGGCACUCUCUCCCUAAUACCCUCUGGGGGCAGCUAAGGGUCUGAGUCCCUCUGGGCAUGAGCCCCCGACUCAAGCCCAUCAGACAGAAAUAAGGAGCUCAGGGAGCACCAGUUUCAUGGAUGAACGAUUGAAGGAAUGAAAGUCUGGCUCUGUCUUUCAGGUCUGAUCUCAGAGCUGAGGCUGGCUGUGCCCUGGGGCCACAUCGCAGCCAAAGCCUGGGGCUCCCUGAAGGGCUCCCCAGUUCUCUGCCUACAUGGCUGGCUGGACAAUGCCAAUUCCUUCGACAGACUCAUCCCUCUUCUCCCGCAAGACUUGUAUUACGUUGCCCUGGAUUUCGGGGGUCAUGGGCUCUCAUCCCAUUACAGCCCAGGUGUCCCAUAUUACCACCAGAACUUUGUGAAUGAGAUCCGAAGGGUUUCGGCAGCCUUGAAAUGGAAUCGGUUCUCCAUCAUGGGUCACAGCUUCGGUGGCUUCGUGGCCGGGAUGUUUUCCUGUACCUUUCCGGAGAUGGUAGAUAAACUCAUCUUGCUGGAGUCGUCACCAUUUGUCCUGGACUUUCAUGAAGUGGAGAAUUUGCUGACCUACAAGCGAAGAGCCAUAGAGCACACGCUGCAGGUAGAGGCCUCCCAGAAGCCCUUGCACGUGGUCAGCCCGGAGGAGAUGCUGCAGGGGUUCCUGAAGAACAAUAGCCACGUGAGUGAGAAGUGUGGCGAGCUCCUCCUGCAGAGAGGAACCACGAAGGUGGCCACAGGUCUGGUGCUGAACAGAGACAGGAGGAUCACCUUGCCAGAGCUCAGCUGUGACUUCAUCAGCAGGGAGCUGUUUGCCCACUUCAUCAGGAAGCUGCAGGCCCACGUCCUGCUCAUCAAAGCAGUCCACGGAUAUUAUGAUGUGAGAAGGGAGAAUGACGCUGACAAGGAGCCCUUCUCAUUCGUAAUAGGCAUGCUGAAAUCCACCCUCAAAGAGGUAAGGUGUGGGGCUCAGGCAGCUGGUGUCUGUUAUUUCACCCAUUUCUUUUGCACUGGGAAAACCCCUGGUCUGACCCCAGGCCGAACAGGUGACCACCAGGAGCUAUCAGGCAUCACUCUCCACUGUGGUCAGUCCCCAGAGGCCUGGGCACAAAUAUAAUCAGAAUUUAGGAAACAAAUCUUUUUAAAAAAUUCUUUUUAUAGCCCUUUCACUUAACAGAAACAAAUCUCUUAUAGUCCUCACGUACCCACCCCUCCUUCCUCAGGCCAGACACAAUUCGGUGACCCAAAUGCCAGACAGUCUCACAUUUUUAAUUUUUUUGAGAAACAGGGUCUCGUUCUGUCACUUAGGCUGGAGUGCGGUGGCUCAGUUGUAGCUCACUGCAGCCUCAAACUCCUGGGCUUAUGAUCCUCCCACCUCAGCGACCUGAGUAAUGGACUACCAGGUGCCUGCCAUCAUCCCAGCUAGUAGCCCCACUUUUUGUUUCUUGGAGGCAGUGUUGAUCUGUCACCAGCUUGGAGUGCAGUGGCAUGAUCUUAGCUCUCUGUAACCUCUGCCUCCCAAGUGCAAGUGAUUCUCUUGCCACAGACUCCCAAAUAGCUAGGAUUACAGGCACCUGCCACCAUAACCAGUUAAUUUUUGUAUUUUUUAGUAGGGAUGGGAUUUUAACAUGAUGGCCAGGCUGGUCUUGAAUUUCUGACCUCAAGUGAUCCACCUGCCUUGGCUUCCCAAAGUGUUGGCAUUACAGAUGUAAGCCACUGCACCCAGCCCCCAGGUUUUGUUUUUUUGUUUUUUUUUUUUUUUGAGAUGGAGUCUUGCUGUUACCCAGGCUGGAGUGCACUGGCAUGAUUAUGGCUCACUGCAGCCUCUGCCUCCCAGGUUCCAGCAAUUCUCCUGCCUCAGACUCCUGGGUAGCUAGGAUUAUAGGCACAUGCUACCAUGCCUGGCUAAUCUUUGUAUUUUUUAGUGGAGAUGGGGUUUUACCAGGUUGGCCAUGAAUUCCCGACCUGGUGAUCUGCCCGCCCUGGCCUCCCAAAGUGCUGGUUUUACAAGUGGGAGCCACUAUGCCCAGACUAUCUCACAUUUUAUAGGCUCCCAAGCCACAGCAGCACACCUGACUGCUGCCUCCCUUUGCCCAUCACACCAGUGGGCAUGCUGGCUGUAGGUGGGGGUGGCUGUUGCCUAGGUUCUUCGGAGCACCUGGCGUUUCAUGGUCAUCUACCCAUGAACACCUGACCCGGGGGCCUCUGCAGGUUUCUAGGCACUGUCACAAAGGGAAACCCACCUGUGGCUGGCCAGCUGCCAGGUCAGUGCCUAGGCAGGCAAGGCCUUCCAGUCGGGGUUUGAAGGCAGGAACAAGGCUGCAGGCUGCUCACACCCCCACCUCAUUAUUUUAUCUCAAGCAGACCUCUGAUAGUCACAGCAGCCCUGGUCAUUGCCCCUCCCUGUCCCUGCUAUGCAAUUUCAAAAGUCAGCUGGCCUAGACCUCUGGGAGGCCUCAAAAACCCCAGGGCUUGGACAACCCUGGGGGUGCUGUGGACUGGUGGGGCUCAAGGAGCUGAAUGUGGGGAAACUCACUGUGGGAGGCACAGGGAGCCAGAAGGCUGUGGGAGGGCCUAGUGCACCUUGGGAGCCUGUGGAGCUCCUGAGGCACCUCUGGUCACAUCUCACCACACACCCCCUCUCCAGCGGUUCCAGUUUGUGGAAGUCCCGGGCACUCACUAUGUCCACAUGAACGAACCCCAGCAGGUGGCCAGUAUCAUCAGCUCCUUUUUACAGAGCAAACCCAGGCUCCCAAACCAGCUGUAGCUCUGAGCCUGGAAUUAUGAAGACCUCAUGCUCCCGGACUCGGCACUGGGACUCUGAGUUCCCGAGCCCUGCAAGCAGGCCAGGCGUGGUGGGGAAAGGCUCACUGGUCUGGAAGCCUAGGAUGGUAGCUUCAGGGGGAAGGGAGCAAGAUUCCAACUUGAACAUCCAUGACCUCAAGAGGGAGACAGAGUCUGGGUUUGGAAGGCUGCCAUCUCCUGGCUAAUCAUCAGCCAGCUGGAGGAAGCAAGGGUGGGGGAUGGGGUAGGCCCACCUAGGCCUUUCCUUGUGGCCCCACUGAAUGGAAAAUACAAGAUGCUGGCAUUCUCA